AUGCCAGGCGAACGGAACGGUGGAAGUAGCAUCUCUUCCGCCUCGAGUCUUCACAAGGCGGACGCUGGACAGAAAAUACCGGAUGUGGAAGGUCUGACAGAAAAUGACCCCGAGUUGGCGCUGGCCCCUAAUCUUGACGACCAAAUUGUCAGUGCGCUUCAAUCCGAGGUGCCCCAAGGCCGCCAAGUGGGUCUUAUAUCCGCCAUAUUUUUGAUGGUGAACCGUAUUCUCGGUACCGGUGUUUUUUCCACUACGUCUACCAUUCUUGUACAGAGUGGCAGCGUCGGUAUGAGUUUGAUGUACUGGGUCAUUGGUGGUAUUAUUGCAGGCGCAGGCUUUGCAGUUUAUGCGGAGUUUGCCACGUCGAUGCACCGCAACGGCGGCGAGCUCAAUUACCUCCAGUUUGUGUACCAAAAACCCAAAUUCAUGAUGGCGUCCAUGUACGCCGCACAAGCAUUUUUUCUUGGCCAAGCCGCAGGGAAUGCAAAUGCAGCGGGCCAGUACUUUAUUCGCGCAGGCGCAGGUACGACGACAGAAUGGAAUUCGAAAGGCAUUGGUGUCGCCAUCAUUGCCGCAGCGUGGUUCAUGCAUGGGUUCAUGUUGAAAUGGGGGCUGCGAUUCCAAAACGCACUUGGGCUGUUUAAAGUAGUGAUACUGGUGCUGAUUGUAUUCGCCGGGUUUGCAGCAUUGGCAGGCCAUGUACGGAUUCCCAAGCCACACAACUUUGACAACGCGUUCAGUGGAACGCGCAGCGAUAUCUAUGGCGUUGCCUCUUGCAUCUACAACGCGGUCUGGAGUUACGUGGGCUAUUCAAACCUUUUUUAUGCUUUGGGCGAGGUAAAGAACCCUUUGCGCACCAUGAAGAUUGCCGGUCCUGUUGCGUUGAUUGUGCUCACCAUUCUCUACGUCCUGGCGCAAGUGGCCUACUUUGCUGCCGUGCCACUCGACGAUAUCAAAAACAGCGAGCAAAUUGUGGCAGCGCUUUUUUUUGAAAAUAUGUUUGGCCGGCGCGCCUCGCAAGCGCUUUCUGCGUUUGUCGCGCUCUCCGCCGUUGCGAACGUCUUUAGCGUGCUCUUUUCCCAAGGGCGUCUGAACCAAGCGCUGGGCCGCGACGGGCUACUGCCCUUUUCAAAACUAUUUGCCACCAACAGACCCUUUAAUACCCCUUUGGCUGGCCUUACGUGGCACGCGAUUGUGACAUUAAUUAUCAUGCUGGCGCCGCGGCAAGGCGACGCAUACAAUUUCGUGCUGAAUCUAUCUUCCUACCCCCUCAAUGUCGUGAAUGCUGCGGUUGGACUGGGCCUGUGCAUUGCAUACCUGCCCAAGAAUUCCGUCCUAAAACCAAACUAUAUGCGCGACUGGAACCCUCCGUUUCGCGCGACGCUCCCCGUGGCACUUUUUUUCACGCUCGUGUCCAUGUUCCUUGUGAUCGUUCCUUGGAUUUCUCCUUCAAAAGCGUCGGAUUCCAUAUACACAUCCAUGUGGUAUGCACUAGCGCCUGCCGUUGGACUGGGUUUCUUUGGCGGCGGUGCAAUAUAUUGGCUAAUUUGGUAUGUCAUCCUGCCCAAACUUGGCGGGUACAAAUUGGUGCAUACCACAGAAAUCAUGUCUGAUGGCACGAUGAUUACCGCAUUUGAAAAAUGCAGUCCCCGCUCCUGA